UCUAUCCUAGGACAAGUGUGUGAGUUUUAAGGAAAACUUUUUGAGAAGGUAGUGAAGAGAGAGUGCAGCAACCUUGAAGCUAGUUCAAACUAGUGGGAGGUUGUCUGCAAAAUAAGUAGAAAGUUACUCAAAAUUUAGUAGAAAGUUGAAAAUAAGUAGAAAAGAUCAAGCUCAUAUUUAUGGCUCGUGGAAAGAUUCAAAUUAAAAGAAUUGAAAAUCCAGUGCACCGGCAGGUGACCUUCUGCAAGCGCCGAGCAGGGCUUCUUAAGAAGGCUAAGGAGCUCUCUGUGCUAUGUGAUGCUGAAAUUGGAGUUUUCAUUUUCUCCUCACAUGGGAAGCUCUAUGAACUGGCUACUAAAGGAAGCAUGCAGGGUUUGAUUGAGAGGUACAUGAAGGGUAGCUUGUCAGGAAUUCAAACUCAACAGCAUAGAGAUAAGCAAAUUAUGGAUCUAAAGGAGGAGAUUAACACGCUGAAGCAUGAGAUUGAUGUGCUUCAGAAAGGGCUGAGAUACAUAUCCGGAGGAGGAGCUGGCACUACGACGUUGGAUGGAUUGAAUGAUCUUGAGAAACAUCUUGAAGUAUAUGUAUAUCAGAUCCGCUUGACAAAGAUGGAUAUCAUGUCUCAAGAGAUCCAGUUGCUCAAGAAUAAGGAGGGGAUAAUGAAAGCAGCAAAUGAGCAUUUACAGGAGAAGAUAGAUGAGCAGUAUGGGAUUAAUAACACCAUGACAUCAAUGCUGACUGAUAUUGAUCAAUAUCCAUUAUGGACUCAUACUCAGUGCCCAUUAACCAUACAAAAUGAAAUAUAUCGGUUCUAACACGCUUUUUAAUACCGAUAUACAGAUUUGAUCUCUUAAACACUGUGCUUAGUUUAUGCUAAGCACCAUGCUUAGGUGGCACACAGGUGCUUAGCAUACACUAAGCACAGUACUUAGGAGAUCAUUACUAUUGGAGAUGUGACCAAUUAAAGUUAUUCUGCUAGAUUUUAAGUUAAGAGUGUGCUUUGUAGACGUCAUGGAGUUGUAACAAAUCUAGAAAUUGUAGUGUUGUUAUCUACUCUUAUAUUUCGUAACGAUAUAUGUAAUGGAUGCACCUUUUUAUGUCAUGCUAUUCUAAAGUUACAACCUUGUACUUUUUUAAUAAAAAGUGAAGGUUCAUUAAUGUA